CAGUACAUGCACCCCCAUUAAAUUGCAAAAAUCCAUUGCCAAUUUAAUGCAGUUGGGUCCUUAGAUCCGUCGAGACAGGUUACAAGAUUGGUAGGUCCAAUUUUAUUUUAUUUUUCUCUCUAAUAAUGCACCUAAACCAUGUACUUGUAUCUAACUAUAUGCGCGUCCAUACAUUUCAAUUUGAUAUAUGUAAAAUUGCAAAUGCUAAUAUUUUACGCCUCGGUACGCACAAUUCAACAAUGCUCCGGCAUAUUCUGUAACGUCGAUGGUUGAUCUUCAGAUGUUUCCACAAUAACUCUGUAGUAGCCAUUGCACAAGAAACGUAAUGUGAUGAGAGAGAGGGGGCGAUGACGUGGCGGCGAUUUGAAUUGCGAUUUCAGAUUUAGAUUUUUCGCGUCUUGCUCGUCCAAUCCAACCAUGGCUGGAGUUGAUUUGCCUCAAUUUAAUUCAAUCACUUCUCCUCAUGAUCAUAGUGUUCUGUCUGGUUCAAUUUCUGAGUUUCCUCACUUGAUUUCCAACUUAAAUUCUGGAAACAAAUCUUCUCAAAAUUUAGGGUCUGGAUUGGAUUGGUCCAAUGUCUUGGCAUCAAAAUCGCAAGCUGAAGAUUGUUCUUUAGUGUUUAAAUCUUCUGAUUUGAUGGAAGGGAAGAAGGCAACGGCUGUAAAAUCUGAGGAUUUUGAAGAAGCUGUUAAGGAUUGUAAAACCCUAGUGAUUGGGUUUUUUGCCGGACGGAAACUUUCUUUUGCCAUGGUGAAAGAGGCUGUAACAACACAAUGGAAACUCAAGUCAGAGAUAUGAAGACUAUUCCAGUAUGGGUUAUGAUAUACAAUGUUCCUCUACAUUUAUGGAAUAAACUAGGGUUGAGUGUGAUUACAAGUUAUCUUGGAAAUCCAUUGAUGAUGGAUGAAUGCACAAAGAAGAAAACCAGGCUCACUUGUGCUAGAUUGUGUGUGGAAAUUGAUGUAGAAUGUUCAUUCCCUAGCUCCAUCCCUCUUUGGAUUGAUGGUGUGCAUAUCAUGGAUUUACACGUAGAAUAUCAAUGGAAACCUGCAAAAUGCUUGAAGUGUUCAUCGUUUGGACAUAAACUUAACUCUUGCUCUUCUCAAGUGGGAAAGAAAAAGACUCUUUGGACUAAUAAGAAAGACCAGCAGCAUCAUCCAAAGCCGGUGACAGUGGCUAGUGAAAAGGUUGCUUCGAUUGUAGAAGGGGGUGAGACAAAUGCAAUAAAUGAUCUGAAUGGUCUUCACUGUUCGGUAUUGAAUGCAAAUGAUCAUUUAGAUGGUAGCAUUAUAGAAGGAAAUGUGACAAAUGGAGUUGGGAUUGAGGUUACAAAGGAAAAUCAUACAUUUGAGAAAGGAUUGGAGAACACGGAUGCUUUAGAAAUGGCAUCUCUUUUACCUGUGUCAGAGCCUGAAUUAGUUGAGAAAGGGUCAGAGCCUGAAUUAGUGGACCAAUUGAUAGUUGAUUCUGUUCUGAAAGCUUCAUCCACUACAGUUGACCCAUGUGUAGAGAGGUGUGUGAUUGGGGAGAGGGUUUUUGAAUAAGAAGAGGUUCUUGGUGAAUGAGACUCUCAUAAAAGUAAGAAAAGCGCCAGCAAAAAGAAAAAACAAAAGAACUUACAGGCCCAAUCAGUUAAACCGGCUGCGGAAGGUGCAAGCACCUCAUCUACUAAUCCCGCAAUCCCCCUGGUUUUGAAUCUCAUAACAGAUUUCAUGGCCUGGAAGAAGAAGAAGAGAGAGAGGCAGCCACUUCCCAGUUAGCUUUGAAAGACUUAAAGGUAAGCAUCGCAAAGCCAUCAUCGUCAAAACAAAUUAUAGGAAUUGGUAUGAAAUUGGGUAUCAAACCGAAAGGUACUCUUUCGAGUUUGAAAAAGGAAAAGCCUCCUCAAUCUAAAGCUCCUAGCAAUGUAUCCGCGGAUAAACUCUUGGAGUAUGGAUCCUCAUGAGGCUUAAAAUUUCCUCAUCUGAAGACUAAUCAUGAAAAAAUGUUUAGCGAUCUCGCAAAAAAUCACGAUGGUUUAAUUAUAGAAGAUCUUGACGAGUCUGCUAAUUGACAAAAGCCAGUGGUCCUCUUUGCCUCUGCAAGUUGCUCUUUGUUUUUAGGUUUCACAAGUUUUGUCUUCUUCGGUUGACACUCUUUGUUUUCCUAGAUUGUUCUUUACUUGGGUUUUCUUGUUUUUGGGGCUCUCUAGCUCUUUGUGUUAUGUAUUCGCCCGUACACGGCUUGUGUGCAUUUUAUUCUAUUCUCUUUGAUCGAUCAAGAAAAAAAAAACUCUGCAUUAGCUGUUUUUUAUUGGUUCCGCACUUUCUUUAAUGUAUGCCAUUGUCGUUUUUUGUG